UCGACGAUUCGUCCAUGACGUCAUUUAUCCGGUAAGUUACCUUGUUCGAUGUUUCAAAUGUGAACGCUUCCGCCUUCCGGGUGACACCCGGCGAUCUGAAAGGGCCCAUGAAAAAAAAAUCAUGAAAUCGUAAAAUAUCUACCGUAUCAGAUUCAUGAACGCGACCCCAAUGAGUGGAGUGAGAGAAGAGAAAAGAAGAGAAAUAAGGUUAGAACCAUCCACCCUUUUGCCUUUAAGUAGCCACUUUUGCCGCGGGAAACGGUAGUGAACAUUGAAUUUUAAGUACCUUUUGUUUUUUUUCAGUUUAUUUAUAAUAAUUAGAAAUGGAUUUUGUAUUUGACGGCAUAUUAUUAUCGCUAGGUUUAUCUGCCGUGAUAAUACUUUUAUUGUUUUAUGCAGCUAUAAACAUUAACUUCAUACGAAAGAAUGGAUUUUAUGUAACUGCGAACUGUUGGUUCUGCAAUGAAGACUCCAGAAUUUUGUUCUCAGAAAGAAAUAACUUUGUGUGCCAGUUAUGCUGUCAAUAUAAUGGCUUUAACAAGGAUGGUGGCUACAACAAAGAAAUCAAAGCCCAAUACGAAUUCUCGAAGUUUAUGACAGAUGAGACUAAUGCAACAUCGACCGCCCAUAUUUCAUCUAAUGGCCUAUGUAGUACUUGCAAUAGAAAUCAAGAAUUAAAAGUUAUCCAACUUUCCAAAUUCGAGCCCAUGAAUUAUAAAAAUUAUUAUACAGAAAUUCAACAUUUUGAGAAACAACUUGAAAAGUCUUACGGCCUGUGUGAAACAUGCUCAGAAACGGCUGCAAAGACUAUCAGAGAGCAGAGUGAAUGGAUAUCUGGAUAUAAACUACAGAACCCAAAAAACUCUAAAAUGGCAAUUUGCCAGGGUGGCAAAAAAUUUAGUUUAGUUAUCACUGAUAUGUUUCUAUCUGUGUUGUCAUUUUUAAAUGUUUUAGUUUUGUGUAAUUUAGAUGUUUUUUUACCAAAUACAAGUACACUGCCAGGUAGUGUGAUAUUGUCCAAUUUAUAUUCGUCAAUUAACAAUAUUGCUAGUGAAUUAGGAGUUAAUAUUUUACCUGAAACUAAACAUGUUCAAUUUUUAAAUGUUUUAGUUUUGAGUUCAUUAGGCCUUAUAAUAGAAUUAUUAUUCUCAACAAUAUUUGCAUCAAAUAAUUUUUCAACAAUAUUUGCACAAAAUAAUUUUUUAACAAAAUUUGAUCAACUUUAUGCUUGGUUUAUGUUAACUGUUAUAUCUUCAAUUGACCCUAAAAAGAAUUUUAUUCCAUAUUUAGAAUAUCUAGAAAUUGUUUUUUCUUUAUAUUUGACCUAUGCCUAUGCUGCUACUUGUAUAAAACGUGAUCCCGUAAAAAUAAAUUAUGCAAAAUCAUUAAAUGGUACUAAUAAUACGUUUUUUAAAUCAUCAGAUAGUGCUAAUGAUACUUCUUUUGUGUCCGCUCAGAAUCAUUUCGAUAUAAACCAUUCAGGCAGUAAAUCAGUAAACAGUACUAAUAAUACGUUUUUUGGAUCAUCAAAUGUUGCUACUAAUUGGUCUUUUGCAUCCGCUCAGAAUCAUUCUGAUAUAGACCAGACGAGCAGCGUAUCAGUAAGCACAAAUUCUGCCAUUUCUCCAAUCAGUUAUAUGUCAGUAAUAGAUGAUUCAGUUUCAAAUCAAUUACAGCAACAAAGCCCUAACCGAAACAUGAGUUCGGCUUCUAGAAUAUCAACAAAUAAUUCGAGCCAUAUGGAAUUUAAUGCAAGUUAUAAUAAUAUCUGUGGCACAGCAACUGACGAAAGUGCACUAAACACAUCUUUUGAUAAACUAAAAAUUCAAAGUCCUUCAAAGGCCUAUAUUAGACCCUUAAAUAAAAACAGACCCCUAAAUCCUUUUAAAGAACCUCAGUUUCCUAUAUUAUUUAAUGAAAAUUUUAUUUCUGAAGUUUCCUUCAACUCAGAUAGUCAUGCUGUUCUAAAUCAAAAUCCUGGAGCUGCGUCUUUCAGAGGCAAACCAAUAAUAUUUUCAACAAAUGCUAUUUUUCGAGGAUCAGCAGGGCGUUUGGUUAGUAAUGAUAAUACUUUCGAAGGGCCUUUUGGUCUAUAUAACAUGUCAAAUUACACUCAUACAUCUUCUGCUCCUCUAAGACGGGACAGAAAAAUACAUAAUUCUUCAUAUCGUCGUCAUCUCGAUCUCUGAGCAACUUCAGCAGUUGUAAUUUUUUGGAGUAGCUCAGGUAUCUUGAAAGGACCCAUAAAUCACUGCCAAGCUCAAGGGCAAAUUAUCCUGGAAGAAAUUACUAGUUAAUUUCUUUUCAAACCGUUAUCUACUUUUAAAAAUAUUUUUUUUUUAUUUUGGUAGGAUAGAAAAUGAACGACCUACCUCAUGUUUUACAUUACAUAGGUUUUUUCAGAAAAUUUACAAUUGUAUUUCAUAGUUGACAUUGACAAUAAAUAAAACUUGAGAACUUGACAAAGGAAUGGCUUGCACCAAAUCAAAUUUAAAUAUUAGGUUUAGUAUUGAAUUAUUAUUUAGGUUUAUUUUUUGUAUAUCUACCUAUUAUAUAAGAAUAUUGAAUUUUGUUGUCCAUUGCUCAGGCAUGUAAACUCAGUUAAAUGUUAGGUUGAGUAUUAGGGCAAGAACUAUUUAAGUUUUAUUUUUGUUUAUCUAUGAGAAUAUUAAGUUUUGUUUUUGGAUGUCUAUUGUUCAGACUCUCAGACAUGUGAACUUAGUUGGUCCACUUCUUUAUUAACUUCAAAGCAGGGGUCUAUGUCAAGCCUCAUAUUGACGGAAAGCUGAAAUAGGGGGCCCCAGCUUCAUCAUGUUAAAAUCAGGUUUCACCAUAACACUCGAUCACCUUCUUCAUUUUGUAAUACUAAUAGGUGACGAUUACCUGCGCUCACAGGGUUCAAGUAGAGAGAGUGGAUUUGUUUUUUUUUGUGCUUGAAAAUGGCUGUAUGUAUAAUUUAAGUUUUGUUCCUGUUCUUAGAAUCUAUUUUUACUAUUGUGUUAGAAUUAUAUUUUUGUUUAAAAUGUUCCUUUUAAUUUAAUAAAUUUUUCUUAAUUUACCUUAA